AUGACUGACCAUCCACAAUAUCACCUGGUUGGGACCUUCACUCGGUACUCAUCAUGGACUGCACGAGUCGAGACCGUUUUGGAGUACUUUAAAAUCCCAUAUACUUCACAGAUGGUCGAUUUUGAGGAUAUUCGCACUGUAUCUAUCUCCGGACUCGUCCCAGUCCUGGAAAGUCGUUCUCUGGGCAUUAUGAUUAACGACACUCUUUCUAUUUGCGAGUUUCUUGCUGAAUCCAACCCUCAUCUCAACCUGUGGCCAUCGGAUCCGAAACUGAGAGCACUGGCACGGAGCGCAGCAGCUGAGAUGCACUCUGGGUUUACUACAAUACGAAACACGUAUCACACCAACUUUAUUGCGCAGUACACGGGAAACAUCCCUGUACCAGAACAAGCUCGGAAAGAAAUUAUCCGGAUUCUGACCAUCUGGGAUAAUGCGCGUAAAGUCACCAAGGCUCGAUUGGCCGAGCUUGGUGAAAAGGAUGAAGGGUUCUUGUUUGGAGGAUUUAGUAUCGCGGAUGCAUUCUUCUGGCCUGUCCUAUGGGUAGAUAAUCCCAUUCAUUUCUCAAUUAAUGACCAUGAAAAGAGAAUUACUGACCAUCGACAGCGUUUCCGCACGUAUAACCUUCCCUUGGACUCUGCCACCCCGGAUGCGCUGAAAUGGAUGGCGACAAUGUGGAACGACCCUUCCAUUAAAAAAUUAGUAGGAAACUACUAUCGACAGGCAGAGCGCCCCGAGACACGGAUUGAGAAGUACGAAAACAUCUUUGCUGAUCGGGAGGAUAUUCACUCGAGUGUCUUUCCCGAGGAUUGGAGGUUCAGUGAGCCUUGA